GCUGCUGCUGCAGGCGGACAGAGAGAGAGGGCCGGAGGACAUGGAGUUUAUCUUCAGUGAAGUUAUUUCCAAGCGCGAGAGCAAUAGCAAAGUUGUCUGCUGUCAUUUUUCUUCGGAUGGGAAGUACUUGGCAAGUGCUGGCCAUGACAAGAAGGUUAUCCUCUGGAAUGUGGAGACUUUUCAAACUGAGAGCACUCCAAAAGAACAUAUUUCCAUAAUCACCGAUGUGCGUUUCAGACCAAACACGACACAAUUGGCAACAUCUUCAUUUGAUAAAACCAUCCGGGUUUGGGAUGCGGCGCAACCAGCCUAUUCCUUACAGUCAUAUACUGGACACACCUCCCAGGUGAUAUCCCUCGACUUCCACCCUAAGAAGAAUGAUCUUUUCUGCUCUUGCGACAGUAACAGUGAGAUUCGUUUCUGGAGUAUUAAUCAAGACUCGUGCACCCGUGUCUCCAGGGGAGGCAUGGCACAUAUAAGAUUUCAACCCAGGAUAGGGCAGUUGCUUGCGGCAGCAGCAAAUAAGGCGGUGUCUGUCUUCGAUGUUGAGACUGACAGGCUGAUUCACUUGUUGGAGGGGCACCCGUCGUCAGAGGUACAUACUCUAAGUUGGGAUGCUAAUGGAGAUUAUUUGGCAUCUGUCUGCAAUGAAAUUGUUCAGGUGUGGCGACUGUCCUCUGGUGAAUGUGUCCACGAACUCACUUCCAGUGGAAACAAGUUUCACUCAUGCGUAUUCCAUCCAACCUAUUCCAAUCUUUUGGUUAUUGGCUGUUAUCAGUCGUUGGAGUUGUGGAACAUGGUAGAGAACAAGUGUCUGACAGUCGAAGCUCACGAGUGUAUUAUUUCGGCAUUGGCGCAGUCGCCAGUGACAGGGAUGAUUGCCUCGGUUGGUCAUGACAAGUCGGUUAAGAUUUGGAAGUGAAAGUUCACUCCUUCCUUUCUUGCUUUUUGGAAGCCUUCGAUUUGAGCGUGUUGAGCUGAGGAGGGUCACAAAGGAGAGCCAAAAACCACUGGUGGUUGACACCCAUGCUUCACCAACAUAAUCUAUCCAUUUAAUAAGGUUGAAGCAGGAUCUCACUCGGCUUCGUCGUCAUUGUGAGCCACCCUAUUAUCUGUAACACUAUGAUUGUCCCUUGGAAAUGUACAAGAUCUUGAUUUAUCAUCGUCGGAAUCACAAUUUCUCGUCUAUCAAGAUUGUCGGGUUAAAA